AUGGCGGGGGGUGAGGGCUUCGUUUCAGCUGUUGCCCGAAAUUUUGCUUUCUUGCGCGACGUUAAGGCGAUUCCCUCGUUGUGGAAGUCCUCUGACGAUUUGAAAUUAGACCUGGGGAUGUUGCGGUGUCAGAAGUGCGUUAAAGUUCCGUUCCCGAUUAUCGGCGCCGGUGAACUUCGGUUCUACCGAAUGCUGGAUGAAAUCUUCUUACGUGAAAUUAAUGAACAGAAAUCGCCUAGUCAGGAUGCGGAAGAAUCCAACGAACCCAUCAUCCGGAUCCGAGGAAUGCCUUGGUCAGCGACGGAAAAAGAUGUGGUAAAAUUCUUCGGAGAUAUCACGGUUCGUGGAGGUACGGAAGGCGUGAACAUGGUUCUUUCUCGCGAGGGAAGAGCGAGUGGCGAAGCGUAUCUGGAAUUGGAAAAUCUUGACGACAUGGAACGCGCAUUGAAGAAGAACAAUCAAAAUAUGGGGCAUAGAUACAUUGAGUUGUUCAGAGCCACUCGAUCGGAAAUGGAAUGGGUUCUCAAGCGCCAGUACGGUGGUCCAGAAAGUCCACAGGAUGGUUGUGUUCGACUACGUGGUCUACCUUUCGGUUGUACAAAAGAAGAGGUCGCAAAUUUUUUCACAGGAUUGGAGAUUGUUCCCAAUGGCAUCAACUUGGUCGCGGAUUUCAGCGGCAGAUCUACUGGAGAAGCUUACGUCCAGUUUGCAAAUGAUGAAUCUGCUGAGAAAGCUCUUGAGAAACAUAAAGAAAAAAUUGGACACAGGUAUAUCGAAAUAUUCCGGAGCAGUCUGUCAGAAAUGAAAUCUGCGAUGGUGAGUCCAAAGAUGCGGGGUUCUGGAAGCAACCGUCCCGCACCAUACGACUCUUCAAACCGUUUUGGUGGCGCGAACCGUUUCGGUGGCGGUGGCGGACGAGGCGGACGGAUGUCCGGUGGCUCAGGCGGAGGUGGCGGUGGAAUGCGAGGGAAAAGAGGUAAUUCGAAUUUCUAUUGAUCCGUCGUCAACUAAUCGGAUUUUCCUCUCAUCGCAUUGAAUUGUUCCAAUCAAUGACAUCGCUGUUUUGUUUUGGAAACUGAAUUCUGUGUUCAGAUUUGAGAAGGCGUUGGUCUCGAAAGGAUGUUAAUUGAAGUCGGGUUACAUAUAAUGCUUCUGAAAAGAUGAGCUGUCCGAAUGUCGUAGAGUACUAUUUAAUGACAAGAUAGCCUUAUCGUGGAAAUCAAGAUAAAUGAAGAUUCAGCCAUGUUAAAUGAAGAAUAAGUUCUUCCAAUAGCUGCAGGUUUUCCUGUACAAAAAUCAUGAUUUCUGCGGGAAACACCGAUAAUGGAGCUUGGAUUCGGGAUCCCCAGAAGAAGGGAACGCAUCAAUCCGUGUCGUCGCUAUCUUUUUCUGAAGAGCCAUCAUAAUAACGCCGUGUCUUGAUAGCUGGUGGCUGCAAAUUUUGUUUUACAGUGUAAUUUUUUGGGUCAUGCUUUUCAUGCGUAUUUUAUUUGAAAUGGUUGGUUCACCUCAAUCGUAUGGUAUGGUUCCUCUUGUUUGGGCCUAAGUAACGUCCUGAAUUGAAACAAAGGGUGUGCGUUUGAACAUUUAAUCUUCUAUGGUUCUCGGCGUUUUUAUACUUCCUUGUCAAAGCUGCAACCGUCUUUUAUUAUUGAUGAAAUGGCCGCUGCCACGAUGUCGACGGCACUGACGUGAAAAAAAGUAACCUGGCAUGAUUUCUGAUUGAUUGACCAUAUGAAAACAGCCGAAGAUGUAACUCAACGAAAUUGAUGUUGGGGGUUGAAUGGAAAUUUGCGUUUGUGUAAGGAUUCUCCGCAUAAGAAUUGACGUUGUGGCUGAGGACAAACGAAUUUUUGAACGUAGUUGUCCUUUUUUACUUCGGAAAUAUGAUGUCCAUGAUCUCGAUCAACUACCCCAUGACAUCGUUUUUGUUAUUACUGUGGUAGUCGCGGACUUGACGCGAAAUUUCGUCAUUCGCAUUAUACUCGAUCAAUCUUACUAGAUUAUGAAGCAAUAACUGGCGAAGUAGAAUAUUCAGGUUAUGGGGGAAAUCAAUCUGAUUUUCAAGUCAUGAUUAUCCUGAAGUCGUAACUUGUCAGAUCAGAUCAAAUUUUUUUAAUAUCUGCAAGUGCUUGAGUACAGAAGCAUUGCUGGUGCAGCUUUAGCAAGGAUGAAACAUUUUUUACCUCAUUGAAGAGGAUUAGACUUGAUUCGUUUCCUGUGCCGGUAACUUGAGUCGCAAAUGAGACGCUUGCCGAUGUUGCUCACACGCGAUGGUUGGUUGGACGUACAGUAGUUUCUGAAUGGAGUGGACGCCUGCCCACGGGGCUAUGCCGCGGGCGGCUUCGUCUGGCGGACGUUGGUAUGAAGAUGUUUUCCUUGUCUCUCUCAUAGGGGGAGUGAACGACUGGGGAUACGGAAAUGACGGAUGGGGUGGUCGUGGGCGAGUGGACAGUUUGGGCAGCGGGAUGGGUUCCCGGGGUGGCAGCUCGGGCCUUGGUGGGAGCGGGGGUUACGGAGGGGUCGGAGGGAUGGGGUCCCGCGGCGGCGGUGGCUCUAAUUGGAAGUCCACGGGUCAUGUCAUCCGCAUGCGGGGCCUUCCAUUCCGUGCGACCGACGCGGAUAUCAAAGAUGUGAGUAGAAAACUUUCGGGUGAGCCGCCUGAUGCGGACGAACGGGCCCGCUGUCUGGAUUGGCUGCCUUGAAGGGGCGACUUUUUCUUUCCGUUGGUCUGUUGAGGUGGUGUCUCCUGCAAUUUCUCUUCCGAAUUUUAAAUAAGAAAGAAAGAAACGAACGAGAAAACUUAGUUGGUGUGGGAUACCAUCGUUGCCUGCCCGCCCCUAUCUCUCUCUCUCUCCCGCAAUUGAUCCCAUGAAUUCUUUUUAUGAAUGUGUCCCCAAUUUCUGUUUUUGCUAGUUUUUUAAGCCCUUGCUGCCAGUUUCCGUGCACUUGGAUCACAACGAUAGCGGAAAGCCGACUGGAGAAGCUGAUGUGGAAUUCGCGACUUACGAAGACGCGCUCAGAGCUAUGACUAAGGACCGUGAGACAAUGGCUCAUCGCUACAUUGAGUUGUUCAUCGUCGGAGAUGGACCAAGUGGCGGAGGAGGAAAUUCUGGAGGUGCUCCGCGUUUGAUGAACAGCGGGAGAAGCGGAGGCUCCAAUGGAAACUAUGGUUCUGGUGGAAACUCGGUCUUCAGCGGCGGUUACGAUUAUUGACGGGGAAGAUUUUUUUUCCAAGCCACGAUCAACACUGGAGCCGUUGAGAUCCACGAAGCGACAGCAGUUCUUUCCCCUUGAAGUUUUCUGAAUAAUAGCUCUUGUAAAAAAUUCGCGGUUUUUCCUCCAGCCAUGCUUUGGUCAUGAUACCGGAGAGGUUUAAAAUUUUUGAAGAAGUUCUCAAGAAUGGAUGUUGAAAGGAUCUCCUGCGCGUUAUCGGUUUUUUCUGUUAUUUUUUCAUUUCCCCGAGACACAAUUUUUGUUGCCUGGUGGUGUUUGUAUUGGUCUUCGUUUGUUUUGAACGUCCUGUAUUCCUGUCACAAUGCUAUAAAGACUGUUGACGUUCUUUUGGCGAA